AGUGUCAAAUGCUAAAACUUUGAGACACUUUUUAAUUAAAUGAAAUAAAAUAGUUAUUUUAAUAUACAAUGAGGGUGUUUCUAGCAGAAGACAAUCCUUGUGCCCAAAAUUUACUAAAACUUGUGUCUCAUGGAAAUGCUAUAUUGGCGGAAGUUUUGCGACUUAAGGAUCAUAUUCCUUUAAUCUACUUAUUAGAUUCUAAAGAAUUACAACAAAAGUAUCAAGACGUUAUCUUGGAUUUUAGUUAUUUUAAGGUUUCAGACCAGCAAGAAAAAAAGAUAAACGCUAAUAUUAAACUGCAAGAUUUAGAUGAUGAUCUUAAAGAAAAAUAUUUGGAACUUAUAACAAGGUUUUAUUUAUUAUUUGAGAAUAUUUAUCAAUAUAUAGUUGAUCUGAACACAUUUGUCGAGCAAUUGAAUGAUGGUGCUUUUAUUCAACAGACUAUUGAGACUGUAAUGAAAGAUGUGGAAGGAAAACAACUUUUGUGUGAAUCUUUGUACCUUUAUGGAUCAAUGCUGUUGCUAUGUGAUCUGUAUAUCCCUGGACAAGUGAGGGAGAGGUUACUGGUUGCUUUUUAUCGCUACAGCACCAGCCAGUCUCAGUCUAAUGUGGAUGAUGUCUGCAAACUGUUACGCGAUACCGGUUAUGACCAAAUACACUCAAAAAAACCUUUGGAUUAUCCUGUGGAGUUUUUUUGUCGAGUACCCAUUCAUCCUGACUUUGUAGAAAAAGUAGUAGGAAAACUUAGAUCUGAAGAUAUUUACAAUCAAUUAGCAGUGUAUACUAUACCUGAACAUCAGGCAUCAGCCCUCGCAACACAAGCCAGCAUGCUGGUUGUCUGUUUAUUCUUCACUCCACAUUAUCUACAUAAUGACACAACUAAAAUGCGAGAAAUUGCUGAUAAGUUUUUCCCAUGCAACUGGAUUGUUCCAGUUUAUAUGGGUGUAACUCUAAAUCUUGUUGAUUUUUGGGAAAAUUUUAAAGCAGCUAAAAAUUCUUUGCAUAAUACUUGCAAUAAUAAAAUGGUUAAAGAUAUAUUCAGCAAAAGAGGAAGUUCUGUACAGGUAUUGAUCACAAAGAUGCGACAGUUGCUUAAAGAAGGAACAUUAACUGAUGAUUUCGUUCUUGAUAAUAUCAGUAAAAUAUUAAACAUUAUCAUAAAUUCCAAUCAUGUUUUACGAUGGCUAAUAUUACACAAUAGUGAUGUCAUAUUUUUCGACACUAACAAAAAGGGUAAACAACUCAGAGAUUUAGUUCUAAAGGAAUCUAAUUAUGAUCCACUUAAUGCACUAGAGCUGUUAAUAACUACAGCUGAAUUGGAAUUGAAAGUUAGGGAAUUCCUGCAAAAACUUUUAGAGAGUAAAAACUUAACUUGGGAAUCUAAUAAAACUCUCGCAAUAGAGGCUUUGAAUAAUCUAUCGGAACUUUUCUCAUCAUCAAAACCAUUUGCUAAAAUAUCUCAAAAUGAGCGAUUAAAACUUUGGAUAGAAAAUAUUUCUAAGCAAGUAUCAUCAUUGGGUGACCCUUUUAGCAGUAAGUCUAUAAAAAAAGUUACCCAACUUAUUCAAGCAUUAGAUGAAGUUGAAGAGUUUCACGGCAUUAAAAGUACUUCAACAAUAUUGCAAUUUCUUUCUGAAGGAAAAGAUGCCUUACGAAAUCUUAUAAGAAUAGCAUCUCUGAAAGAAGAUUCUCUUGUUACAUUGGAAACGGUCGCUGAUUUUAGUUACGCAUGGUGUACGAUAGAUUUGUAUACAAAAUAUAUGCAAAACAGCAUCAAAGAGAAUCCAGUUGUCACAAGUAGACUAAGGUCGUUAUUUCUCAAAAUAGCUAGUGCAAUGGAAAUACCACUGCUUAGAAUAAAUCAAGCGCAAAGUGAUGAUCUUGUAUCCGUUUCUCAGUAUUACAGUAAUGAGUUGAUUAGAUAUAUACAAAAAGUGCUGCAGAUUAUACCAGAAAUGGUUUUCAAUAUUGUGGAAAAGAUUAUAGAUCUACAAACAUGGACUAUAAAAGAAGUACCGACUAGAAUAGAGAAGGAGAAGUUAAGAGAGUACGCUCAGUUAGAGCAUCGGAUGGAAAUUGCAAAGCUUACACAUUCUGCAUCAACCUUUACGACAGGUAUCUUAGACAUGAGAACAACAUUGGUGGGUGUUAUAAGAGUUGAUCCGGCGGAAUUACUUGAGGAAGGAUUACUGAGGGAACUCGACACUCACAUCAGUAAAAAGUUCAAUGAGUUCCUGGAACCACAGGGAAAGAAGCCUGGCAAUUUAUUCACUCGGCUUCAGAAACUAUCAGAGAGUAUGGAUGGUUAUAAACGAUCUUUAGAGUAUAUACAGGAUUAUAUAAAUAUUCAUGGCUUAAGAAUUUGGCAAAAACAGGUUUCAACGAUAAUUAACAGUAAUGUAAACAAAGAGAUCAGUUUACGCAAAGGCGUGUCGCUGUACGGGCCCUCUGCUGGCUUCAUGGGAUCUCUAGCACGACAAGUUGCAAGCCUCAUUGAUUCAAGGGUAUCCGCAUACAUAAAUAUCUGUACAGCAUGGUACGAUGUUAAAACGCAAAAGGAAGUAGUCAAUACAAAAACUUUUGCUAAGUUGAACGACGCUAUCGGUGUUGUAGGACUUCACGGUUUAGAUAUACUUUAUGCUUUCAUGAUCAAAAACCAAUUGCAAAUAAUUCAAGUGUUAUUCAGAAAUCCUCAAGACAAAUUCACGAUAGCUUCAGUAAACUUGGACCCGAAAGAAAUGGAGCAAGUUAUAGCGAAAUACACGAAAAUAAUUCAACAAAUAGUUGAUGCGUUACUACUUAUUGGUGGCUUGCAAUUGCUACGGAAACAUGUGUCUUACCAACUGAACACAACAUGUAAAUUCGAUUCGGCUCAUUUGGAAGCCUCAUUAAGGACUAUGAACGAGGCAUUACUAAGCGAAUUAAAAGGUUGCAGAAGUGAUUUACAAAACAUUCCAUUAGCUUUAUUGCACGAUUUAGAUGAAUAUCUCGUACGAUGCGGUAUAAAUUCGCCUUUUGAGAAAGUCUACAUAAAACAUGCUCAAGAAUUUACAAACACGGAUAUGGGUCGAAUAUUGGCAAUUGUUCUUAUAUCUCAAUUACCAAAACUGCAAAUAAGCUAUUGUACAGGUGAUCUAAUUACUCGAAAACCAGGCGAAAAUAUGGAUGGAUUUCCUCUCCUCAUUGGCAUUUACACAUUAUUGCGACAGAGCAAAACAAAUAGUACAGAAGUGUUCAUUGAUACUCUGUGCCAUUAUGCAAAAGUUUCAAGUCUUGCAAAGUUAAAAGCAACAGAAGUGUCAGCAGAAAGUGUUUUCAUCAUGAGAAUAUUGCAACUUUUUUGUGAAACAUUCAAUUAUGAAUUUGAGAAAAUGGAAGAUAAGUUGCCAUUGGCAAUGUUAAAUAUAGACAAAUUAAGUUAUAAAUAAUAUGUUAAACAGAGCUUAUAU